UUAGUUGUGCAUGGUGCACAUUUUGAGCCACGUGACAGUAACCUCGGUGUCCAGGUUCAGCAGUCUCACACCGGCUCUUUACACACUACAUGCACGAGCUGCAUUCAUCCGGGGGAAAAAACCGGCUGAUGCUUCCGUCUUUUUAACUGAACAUAUGGCGGCUUUUCAGAACAGACAACAAACGCUGUUUAGACAGCUUUCUUAAUUCUUUACCUAUAUCUCUCUCUAUAUAUAUAUAUGCAUUUAUCAUUUAUUUUUAAAUCUGAUGUUUUGGCACGAGAACGCGGCGAGAGAAGCCGACAUCACAAAGAUAAGAGAAAUGGGUUGCAAGCUAGACAUGUCAAAUCUGACAGAGGAUGAAGCAGAGCAUGUGCUAGAGGUGGUGCAGAGAGACAUGCAGCUGCGUAAGACAGAAGAGGCACGUCUUAGUGAGCUGAAACAGGAGCUGGAUCAGGAGGAGAGUCGAUGUGUUCUGCUGUCACGGCAGCGUGGCUUUAAUGAGCGUUGCUGCAUCCGCUGUUGCUCAUCCUUUGCCUUCUUUCUAAAGCCACGCCGCCGGUGCUUGGACUGUCGCUACAACGUCUGCAAGCGCUGCUGCUCGUAUUCUGAAACUGACAAGAGCUGGCUGUGCUCCGCCUGUGAGAAAAGCAGACUGCUGAAGACACAGUCUCUGGAGUGGUUCUACAGUAAUGUGAGAAGACGGUUUAAACGGUUUGGCAGUGCCAAAGUGCUGAAGAUGCUCUACAGGAGGCACGUUGGAGACCAGAGCAGCCAGGCUGAAUUUACAGAAGGAAGUAUAUAUUCUGAAAGCACAGAUGACAGUGUUUAUGAGAGUGACUCCACAUUCUACAAGCAUAUUGAAGAGCGGAGCAUGGCAGAGAGUAUCAGUGUGGCACUGCGUGUGGCAAAAGAGGCUAUAGAUGAGGCUAUUGCCAAGGCAGAGAAACAAACAGGCAAUCAGGAGAAGCUGAAAGAGGCUUCUUACUUACGGGACAACAAAGGGGAGCUGAUUGAAGAGCUCACCACCAUGAUUGUUCAGACAAUUAUCUGCAGGAAGAGAGAUCUAUCCGAAAUGCAUACAGAGUGUAAUUUGGAGACACCUGAUCCGAACAGUAAUAUGUGCCAAUCAGCCUUCUCACUUCUCACUAAUGAAAUACUGGCCCAGCAUGACAAUGCUGAGCAGAGUUCCAUGCUGUGCACACACGGGCUGAAAAGGGAUGAAAGUCCUGCUGUUGCUAACUGGAAUCAGAAUAAAGACUGGAUGGAAAACUCCUGUGCAUCAUCUAUGCUACAAAGUCCAGAUGGGAACUGGUUUGCUCUGCAGAGUACCCAAACAGCUCGGCUAAGCCUGCCGACCAAGCGAGAGAACCUGAUGUUUAGCGGCCUGGAGAAGGAAUCUGGUGUGAUCUCAGCCUAUGACGAAAUGGCCUAUGAUACUGAGUCAGACUCUGACGUUGCCUGGGAAGCUGCUAGGGUGGAGAUUCACAACAGACUGUCCUCCAGCAACCUGUUAAAUGACCAUAAUGCCACCAGCUCAUGCCUACCUAUACAAUUACCCACAAACAAUUCUGUUAAUCAACCCCAAAGUGACAGUGAUCAGACCAGCCCUGUGGCCCAAAUUUAUAAACCAUUUUUUCCUCUCCUGAAGAGAAAGGUUUCAUUGGAGGACAGGCACCUGUCCUCUUGCCAAUGUCACUGUGCUAUGGGUAUUACCGCAAACCCUGAAGCUGGAGAAAGUAGUGAGGAUGGUUUAGAAGACUACAGGGUCAAGAGGACACGAAGAAGGAGGAAAAAUAAGCGUGUGGUUACAGAGGGGAAGGUCUUGAAAGUGUGCAGUGGGGAAAUGCAAUCCUUAUCUGAACCUCGGGACUAUGGCAGGAAGCUACUGAAUUAUCUGUUGAAAUGCCAGAGGCAAAGUAUCUCCGAAAUGCCGAGUGAUGAGACUCUAAAUGCAGACACACCAGACUCUGUGACUCCAGACAUUUCGAAAUCUGGGGACUUGACUCCUGAUGCAUUUACAACCGAUGUAGAAGGCCGCAAUACUGGCCAUCAUGUUCUGAAUGCUGCUUCAGAUCAGCAUCUAAAAUCCAAACUGAGAGAACUGGCCAGUCAAGUCAGUAAUAGAGUAGAAGAGCCUGCAGAUGACAGACAUGAAGGGAGAGAGAAUGGAAAGAAUAAUAGAAUAAGGGAAGCCAUGUGUAAUAUGGAGAUAGAUGUAGACCAGGAAGAGAUUAAGGGAUGUGAAGAUGAAAUAGCAGACAACAGACUACCAGAUGUAGAAGACAAUGAGAUAAAGAACAAAACAUUGAGCGAUUUAGAAAACCUGAGCACAAAUAUGAAUGAUAAUUUGCACAAUGAAGUAUUGCAAAAGACAUUGGAAAAGCACACUUCAGUUGAAUUAAAUAGCACUAAUAUCACAGACUCAGAGGAGAAGAUUAAUAAUAGUGAAGACAAAGAAAAUGAUAUGACUGAGAGACUCCAGGUUGAGAGGAACGUUGAGCAGGGACUAAAAGACGGUUCGGAGAACCGAGGAAGAGAUUAUAGUGAGUCUGAAACUAUAAAAAAACAACACAGUGUAAAGAAUGAGGCACAUAUAGAAACAGAGGCCCAAAGUCUUUUGGAGAUAGACAGUCAAAGAGAGACACCUGUGGAGAGCUGUGAAGAAGGUGAAAACACAGAAAGUCAAGAGAGCAGGAAGCUGAAAAAAGACGGUGAACAUGCCGCUGAAAUUGAAAAAGACAGUGUAGAGAUUGUAGAAAGUAUAAAAAGAAUCAACACAGAGAAACAGAGACUAACAUACACUCAGGAUAAUGAUUUUGUUGAGGCAGGAGAUGACUUGGCAUAUGAGAUAAUGAUUAAAAAUGUAGAUAAGGGUUUGAAUAUUAUGGAAGAGGAAACAAAAGAACAUAUGUGCAGUACAGCAUACAACAUAUGUGACUGUACUGAAGAAUUGACAAAGGAGAAAAUUGUGGAAACACAGUAUGAACAAAAUCAGAUGACAUCAGAUAAUGUAACAGGAUUUUGUAAUGAGAGAAUGAACAGGGAUGAAGAAACACAAGUGAGUGAUAUGGAAAAUCAGAGCAGAGAAAGCUUAGUUGAGAAAUCAGAUGAACAUAGUUGUGUAGCAGAAGCAGAUCCAUGUAAUGACCACACACUCAAAGAUGUUCUGGGCUGCACUCCUUCUAGCCAAGAAGAGUUUCUCACACCAGAGGAAAUCUGCAAGGAUGUGCGCUUAGAAAAAGACCUUCAGUGUGUCUUCACUCUGUUACAACAGAAGUAUUCAGCUGCAUCUCUGCGCAGCAUCACCACCGAGGUACUGAAGGUCCUCAAUGCCACUGAAGAUCUUAUCCAGGGUGCCAUGGGUCUCAGCCCUUCAGAGUCCUGCGAUCGACCUGUUCUGCCUCCCCUUCAGAGCAAGAGAAUAGAUGAGCAGCUUUGCAGACUAGAGGAAAAUGUAUAUGUGGCUGCUAGUGCUGUUUUUGGACUGGAGGCCGAGCUAGGAGAUCUGGAAAUGUGUGCACGCAGCAUCAGCGGAGAAACUACAGAGGAAGAACUAUCUCAGCUGGAGGAACAGGUAGCCUCAGCUGCCGCUCAAGUACAACAGUCUGAGCUCCAGGUGUCAGACAUUGCAGCACGAAUUGCAGCUCUGAAAAAUGCUGGCCUUAAUGUUGCGCCACAGACACGCUUUGCCAAGCCACAAACCAUAGAUUCAUCUCGCCAGCACCGCCGACGCCUGCCAGCACCUCCAGUGCAAGGUAACAGCCGAAGCAUCAAACUGUUCCACGGGUAAAAAGACAGAAUGAGGGCCAGAGCUCAGAAAAACAUCACAUGUGCCUUUAAUCAGUGAACUACAGUGCCAAACAGCCUUUCCUGUUUACCGUAACUAAAAUCACUGCACUGUAAAACUGAUUCUGAUCACUAGAAGACUGGGAAAUACUCCACAAUGUGUACACCAUUAUUUUGAACCAAUGUACAUGUGAUCUAAUAUAAAUCUAAAAGGAAAAACCUGAAACAAAAUAAAAAAGUAAAGAAAAGCUCACAAUUCCACAAUAUGUGUAUAAUUCUAUAUUACUGUGGGUUAUUUAUUCACUAUGCAUGUAUACAAAUUACCAUCUUUUACAGUGUCUUACAAAAGUGAGUACACCCCCACCCCUCACAUUUCAGGAACCAUUUUAGUAUAUUUUCCAAAGGCACAAUACUAUAGAAAUGAAAC